GUGCGAGUCUAACGUGAACGGAGGGUGGGCACGACGUGAACGUGCUUACUGCUGGUGGUUCUGCAGGAAAACGACAAAUCUAGUGCCGAGUUCCCGAAGAACUUAUCGGCCGCCGUUCACAAUAAUGAAGUUCAUCACGUAUGUGUCGGAUGCGGUGACCGACAACUUCGUGACCCGGUACGUGCGCGGCUACACGCCUGGAGCGCCGUCCCAUGCAAGCCCUCCUCCGCACGAACUCUCGAAGCCGCCCUCGUGGGCGUGCCAGCUCGUCAAGAGUGGCGGCGGCUUCGUGCGGCUCGCGGGACUGUCGGGAGCACUAGCCGUCGCCCUCGGUGCAUACGGCGCACACGCACUGUUCAAGCGAGACGAUGUACCGGAAGAGCUGAAGGAGGCAUACGACCGUGCCAACCACUACCACUUCUUACACACGUUGGCACUGCUGGGUGUCCCACUGACGAGACGUCCAGCACUGGUGGGCAGUCUCCUCUUGGUGGGCAUGGGCCUUUUCUGUGGCUCGUGCUACGCAUACGCCCUGACGGGCAACCCAUCGGUCAAGUACGGUGCCCCCUUUGGUGGCACGGUGCUCAUCCUGGCCUGGCUGAGCAUCCUCUUGUGAUCAAAAUAAAAGCGCGUAAAACAGAC